AUACGUAUUGGGAAAAUGUAUUACUAUUAGACCUGACUGCAGAAAGAAAUUGAUUUGGCUGGUGCUUUCUCCGAUAGUCUGAGUAGUCUGGUGUUGGUCACAAGCGAGCAUGUCCAGUUUCUUUCUCACUUCUACCAAAGCGAAGCGAAAGGGCGGAAAGCCUCAGGCUCAUGAGAAACCUGCAAAGCGAAAGCGACCAACUCCCCAAAAGAAGCGCGAGGUGGUGAAUGAGGAGUUAGAUGAAGAAUCCGGAUUGAGCUCUGCUGAAGAUGACCAGCUUGAUGUUGCAGUUGAUGAGUCAGACGAUGAAACACCACAGGAUAAGCGUGUUCGCCUGGCAAAGCAGUACCUCGAUAAACUAGAAGAACGGGAAAGAGAGAGGGAUGAUGAUCCUGACCAUGAUGCUAUCGCUCAUCGGUUGCAUGAAGACGUGCUUGAGCAAUCCGGUCGUCUACAGAGGAAAGUUGCUGACCAGUAUGAAAGGCCCGACACAGCAUCGGUGCGUUUCUUGCGUGGCCAUGAUCUUUCGGUGACGUGCGUUGCGCUAACUCCAGAUGAUCGCUUUAUUUUCUCCGGUGCCAAGGAUAGUGCUAUCUACAAAUAUGAUGUGGAGAGUGGUCGUAAAGUGGGUUGCAUACCGAGUGACCGCCAUGGUCAGGCUAGUGAUCCCAAGGGUCAUCGUGGACAUGUGUUUGCGUUAGCCGUCAGCAGCAGUGGAAAGUACUUGGUAAGCGGUGGUCAGGACACUCACGUCAUGGUCUGGAAUGUAGCUGACUGUAAACUUGUCAAAAUCUUCAAAGGUCAUAAGAAGGCCGUCUCGGGCCUUGCGUUUCGUAACAACACCCACCAGCUGUUCAGUGCGUCCUUCGAUCGUUCCGUGAAGGUGUGGAAUUUAGACGAGAUGGCCUACAUUGAAACACUGUAUGGUCAUCAGGAUGAAAUCAUGGCCAUCGACUCGCUGAACCGAGAGCGAGCAUUCACGGCCGGUGGAUCGGACAAGUCUGUGCGUCUUUGGAAGAUCCCCGAGGAGUCGCAGCUCAUCUUCCACGGGCACACGGCAUCAAUCGAUUGCUGUAAAAUGAUCAACGAGCAGUAUGGAGUUGCCGGCUCACAAGACGGGGGAGUAUCGCUGUGGAACUUCUUGAAGAAGAAGCCGGUCUUCACGGCGCGUGCCGCGCACAAGGUCCCCGAGUCCGAGGACUCAAUGUCGUCGGAGCACCCGUGGAUCAGUGCCGUGUCUGCCUAUCAGAACUCCGAUCUCGUCGUGUCAGCAGGCUCAAUGGAUGGCUGUAUCAAGUUCUGGAAAUGCGCGCAACAUUUCAUGAAGAUGCAGGAGAUCUUCUCUGUGCCUGUGACUGGUGUUGUCAACAGCCUAGCGUUUUCCUCAUCGGGUGACUUUCUAGUGGCUGGCGUUGGGCAAGAACACAGGUUAGGUCGCUGGUGGAGUGUCAAAAAAGCGAAGAACCGUGUCGCCAUCAUCCCCUUGCCAAAGAAGGAAUCUAGCAAACCGGAUAGAUAACGCCACUCCCUUUUUCUUACUUCUUCUUCUUUUUUAAGGUUGCAUGUGUUAGCUGGCUGAUACUAGUUAGUGCCAGAUAACCCGUGAUAUGACCUAGUGCCACAAGGCCGUGUUGCCCACAUCCGAUUUCUAGGACAGACCAUGUCUGUCCCAAUGAAUUCCUGACAGUGACUGCUGGCAAUUUCUCUUGCAACACAUGUUUGAGGAGAAUAUUUCACUCACUUCGUAACAGGACUACGAACACCACUUAUGCUGAGGUGGGCUUCUUCGGCUCUCAUUCCACGUGGCAACUGCCUCAAUUGGAGCUCUAUUUAUUUGGGGCAGGUCCUGAUUGCUUAGCUUGUACAUACAAUAGUUCUCAUUAUGUUUAUGUCGCUAACGGUGUCUUGCAUUGAGAGCGUUAUUGGCAAGAAAAUCAUUAUAAUUAUAAUACAUUAAAAAAAUCAAAAUUCA